CAGAAGACUCUGCGAUGCCAAAGUCACCGUGGAUAGUCCUCAUAUGGCUGGGCGGGACGCUUAUAUCUGGAAAAAGCUCCUCACAUGAAGUGGAUGCAGAGUUAGAAACGACAGGAAAUCAGUUUGGUGUUUCAGCAACUGUAUCAACAGAUGGUGAGGAAAAUGGCGAUGAUAUUAUCCAAAUGCAAUCAGAGCAGCUCCAGGAUCUCAAAUCUCUGCUGACGGCAGAUAGAAAAAAGAGAGGAGCUUCAUUGUGGAAGAGGAAACUUGCAACCAAACAUGAAGACUCAUUUGCAUAUAGAAUAGCAGGUAUAGGGCGACCCCUGGCGGGAUGGAGGAUGACCAAAAAGGGAGAAGACGCGAGCAGCACUUUAAUGGCUGUAUUGAAGGAACUUCAUGCUGAGAAGAGGGAGCUGAUGGAUCAAAAGGGGAAAGCCCAGCAGCAGGAGGAGGAGGAAGAAGAAGAAGAUGAUGACGACGAUGAUGACGAUGACGAUGAUGAUGACGACGAUGAGGAAGAAGAAGAGGAGGAAGAGGAAGAGGAAGAAGAGGAAGAAGAAGAAGAAGAAGAGGCGGAGGAGGCGGAGGAGGCAACUCCAGUUCCCAGCAAUGAGACCGAAACCGAGAGCAGCAGUCCCCUGGCUCUGUGUCGUACCGACAACAAUGAAGUUAGCUGCAGGGAUGUCGGCAUGACUCACCUGCCAAUCAUUCACAACCUGGAGGCCACCAAGCUGGACUUCUCAGGGAACAACAUCCAAAGAAUUCCAGCUGAAGUCUUCUCUAACCUACCAAAUCUGGAAACACUGGAUCUUAGCAAAAACCAACUGACCGAUGAUUCAUUCAGCCAAAAGCCACUUUACAACUUGACCUCUCUGAAGAAGCUCAACUUAGACUUCAACCGGCUCACAAUGAUACCGCCGCUGCCGCAGUCUCUUGAGCAACUGAGCGUGAACAACAACAAGCUCACCGCCCUCCCCCCUCAUUGUUGGACCGGUUUGACGAACCUGUUGAGCCUGGAGCUGGAAGAAAACGGUCUUCACGAGGGCGGGGUAUCACGCCAGGCUUUCAAAGCGCUCGAGCGGCUUCUCCACCUCAAGCUGGAGAACAACCGCUUCCGUUCGUUCCCCAAAGGCCUUCCCGUCUCUCUGCAGACAUUAAAAAUGAACGGGAACUUGAUCGAGGGCGUGACAAGCCAGGCAAUGAGGGGCUUCGCUCAUCUGAGAGUCUUGGACCUGAGUCACAAUCUGCUUCACAAUGAAGGCCUUGACCAACGUGCCUGGACCAAACUCAGACGCCUUGAAUCCUUGGACCUGUCUUCCAAUUACCUGACAUCCGUGCCCCUGAAUCUGCCUCACCCUCUCCAAAAACUGAACCUCCAACACAACAACAUAAGCCACAUCCCGCCCCUCACCUUCCGCCACAUGCAUCCCGGCCUACAGUCGCUUUAUCUGUCCCACAACACGUUAAGCAACGAGGGAAUUGAACGGGGCUCUUUUGUUGGAAUGUACCGAUCGCUUGUGGAGCUCCUGAUGGACAACAAUAUUCUGGAAGAGGUGCCUCGCUGGGUACGGCAGUUUAAGAAGCUGCGGGUGCUGAGACUAGAUAACAAUCAUAUCAGGCGGGUGCAGCAGUGGGGAGUGUGUCACCCACUCAAUUCCGGCUCCACAUUGGCUUCCAUUCACUUGGAAAAUAAUCUGCUUGUGGUGGAGAAGAUUCCUCCGAAUGCCUUCACUUGUGUCACGGAUUCACAGGGACUAGUCCUUUAUCCUCAGCAGGGGGAUUCUCUCAACAACUACACUUCAACCUGAACUUGGUAGGAACUGAAGGUGGUCAAUGGGUUACUGCGUUCGGAGUUAUGUACUAAAUUAAUUAAAAACGUAAUGAUUAGUAUCAUUAGUAAGAAUUCAUUUGAAUUCUUAUCCGCCAUUAUUUAAAUCACCACACAAAGGUUGAAAUUAACUAUUGUAUUUGUACUUUUUAAUGUGUAAUAAAGUAUAUAUUUAUAUGUGUAAUGUAGAGCAAUUAAAUCUGUUAUAAUUAACUGCAUUCUUUCCAAUUAGUAUGAAUAAAAUACAGGUCUUGUUAUGACACAAUUCAG